CUUCUGCGUCAAUGGUCGCAAAUACUGUGGUUCGCGUACUCGAUCGCAGAGUAUUCCAUAACGAUAAUGAAUAAUAACAAUUAUCAUAUUAUUAUUAUUUUAACAUGUUUACAACGAUUUAAAACAAUUAAUUGUUAAUUUCGAUUUUCAAACAGUUAUUGUCUAUGACGUUAGUGGUUACGACUAAAUACUUUGAAUGUUCCACCGUUGACAAUAUCUAUACCGAAACACACAACAUUGAACAUUAUUAAGCGCGAUCGUCGACAAUUGAUGUCGAGUCUCGCUGGUACUAUACAUUAGUGUUAAUUAAUCUUAUUAAAAUGCCACCCAAUUCUGUUGUGAAAACAUCCCUAAUUGUUGGAGGAUUAACAUUUCUGGGUUUUAUGGCUGGAGGAAGACUUGGUUCUAUGUUUGGAGCAGUUAUUGGAACAGUUGUUUGUUCAAUGUUUAAUAUAGAAGAACCAACAGGAUUACAAGACCCUCGGCCUCCCGAAGAAAAUCUUCGCUUCACGCCUUAUCCCCGUCCAAGCAAAAGAAAUCGGAAUAAUAAAAAUGAAGUCAAUAAAUCUAAAAAUGAACCGUGUGAACUAUCAAAAUGUUCAAUAUGUCUUGAACCAUUUAAAGCUUCAAUUGUAUUAUUACCAUGUUCACAUAUGUGUUUUUGUGAUGAAUGUUUUGAAAAAGUGAAAAAAAAAAAAGUUUCUAAUUGUCCAAUUUGCAGAGAAAAUAUUGAUGAUGUUAUGUAUGUGUAUCCUUCAUAAGCAGUAUUCUAACCAAUCAAAUUUGGUAGUAAUUUUUUUGAAACAAUAAAAUUGUAUAAUAAAUUGUUUUAAUUUGUGAAUGAUCUUAUUUUUUAAAUACUUGUUAUAUUUAUCUAACAAAUGUAAUGUACUUAAAUAAUAUAAUUUUAACUUUUAUAAAUUAACACUUUUAACUAUGUAAUAAAAAACUCAAAUAAUAAUUGAUAAGGGAAGUAAAAAUGUUUUCUGAUUAAUUUUAUAAUAA